AUGAACCGGGAAAUCAGGAAACGAGAACAUCAGGGACAGCUUGGAGACAGAGGACAGUGGACCAGUAAAACUGAAUAUAUUCUAGUGGUUGCUGGAAAUGUGGUCGGUUUGGGCAACGUGUGGAGAUUUCCUUAUCUCUGCUACAAGAAUGGUGGAGGAGCCUUCCUGGUGCCGUAUUGUCUGUUAGCUGUGGUGGUUGGGAUUCCUCUGUUCCUGCUGGAGACUGCAAUGGGUCAGUACACACAGGAAGGAUUUAUCACCAGUUGGAAAAAACUGUGCCCACUGGCACAAGGGAUUGGAUAUGGAUAUUUCAUGAUGAAAGUUUAUGACUUCAGCUACAUAUUAGUCCAGGUGUGGGCUCUCUUCUACCUGGUGUUCUCUUUCCGAUCUGAACUGCCAUGGGCCAACUGUGACAACACCUGGAACACAGUGAGUCAGACCAACGCCACCUCUGCUGCAACUGAGUUCUGGGAACGCCGGGUGUUGGCCAUGUCUGGAGGUAUUGAAGAGCUGGGCAGUGUUCGGUGGGAGCUGGCUCUGUGUCUACUGGCCAGCUGGGUCGGCUGCUAUUUCUGUAUUUGGAAAGGAGUCCGAUCUUCUGGGAAGGUGGCAUACUUCACAGCCACGUUCCCUUAUGUGAUGCUGUUGAUACUCCUCAUCAGAGGCCUAACUCUGCCUGGAGCCUGGGAUGGCAUUUAUUUUUACCUGUAUCCAGAGUUGGAGAAGCUGGCUGACCUGGAGGUCUGGUUAGAGGCGGGUUCUCAAAUAUUUUUCUCCUACAGCCUGACUAUUGGGACACUGAAUGUUUUAGGCAGCUAUUGUGAGUACAACAACAACUGUUACAAGGACUGCUUUUGGCUGUGUCUGCUGAACAGCGCCACCAGUUUUGUCGCCGGAUUCGUCGUCUUCUCCGUUCUUGGAUUCAUGGCUCAGAAACAGGGUGUGAGCGUCAGAAAUGUGACCGAGUCAGGUCCUGGUUUGGCCUUCAUCGCUUACCCUCAAGCAACAGCAAUGAUGCCUCUGCCACAGCUCUGGACCGUCUGUUUCUUCCUGAUGCUCAUCCUUUUGACGGUCGACACACAUUUUGUGACGGUCGAGAGCGUCAUCACCUCCGUGAGCGACUUGUAUCCGAAGCUGUUUCACGCGACGGGACGACACGAGAUCUUCGUCCUUGUCGUCUGUGCCUCGUUUUUUCUCCUUCAUCUGACCAUGGUCACUGAGGGAGGCAUUUAUGUCUUCCAGCUGAUUGACUAUUAUGGUUGUACCAGAGCCUGUCAGGACUUCAUGGCUGUAUGCCAGUGUGUGGCCAUAGCCUGGAUCUUUGGCGGUGACCACUUUUGUAACAUCAUCAAGGACAUGGCGGGACAGAGGCCUUGUCUUCUGUUUAAAGUGUGUUGGAAAUACAUCGUCCCUCUGCUGUCGCUGGUGUCCUUUUUCUUGUACCUGGUCGAUUACAAACACCUGAAGAUUAACGAUCACUACAUAUACCCUGACUGGGCGUAUGCACUGGGAUGGACUAUGACUCUGUCCUCUGUCCUCAUGGUGCCACUUUGGGCAGGUGGACAAAUGUGUCUGACAAAGGGAACCUUUGUACAGCGUCUGUCCAUCCUUUGUCGUCCUGUGAAACCUCCAGCCCGUCAUACAGAAAACUGCAAACUGGACGAGCAGGCAACAGUUGAACUUAAUAUGACCUGUGAAGCUACAUGAACACACUUGUCCCUCAAAUACUGCACAUUCAUAUCUGCUGUCUUAUUUUAUAUUUUGUUUUGAAACGUGUCGUUUGUCCACAUUUUCAGGUUUAGAGGAACGUAAGUCUGGAUGUAAAAAAAACAGAUCAGUAUCCCGUUAGAACGUCAAAGUUUAUCGUUUCACAUCAUCACAUGAUCAUUUGGUUUAAACAUGAUUCUUUCACAUUACAAUGUAAAAUCCUAAAGUGAUGCAUUUCACGUUAGAACAUCAAAACAGGGUUCCCACGCGUUGGUUGACAUCAAAAUUCAAAGAUUUUCAAGGACUUUCCAGGACCAAUUCCCUCAAAUCCAAAGAGCGAAAGUACUGCCACAGGUUAAGACAGGACAACUUCAUCCAAUUCGUCCACUUCCUUUCAACAAAAUUCAAGCACAAGGGCCUUGAAUUUGUUUUUUUUUUAAUUUACAAACUUUCAAGGAUUUCCAGGACCCGUGAGAACCCCGUAUAAAGUUUAUUUUAAACGCUAUAACAUGAGGUUUAUUACAUAAGCUUGUGAAACACAUCACGUGAUAUUGAUCUUUUUUUAGUGGCAGGAACAUGCUGCCGUAGGAUGUAUGACACAAAAACCAAACGAGAUGUAACAUCAAAUAUAAUCACAGUAUUACAACUCUUAAACAAAGGCGCAAAUACAGUUUUCAACCAUGUUUAUUGAGUAUUCAUAUUUUCGAGUGCUUGGGAAAUUAAAAUGUUUGCCACCA